UGUUGUUUUUUUCGUGACAAAACAGGCGCUGCUUAUAUUAGCUCGGCGCGUCGUAGCCAGCUCUAGCUAUCAAUCAAUCAAUGUGAUCGCGAGCCAGAGCGAGCACGGAGUUGAUUGGUUCGCGCGGUUGUCCGUCAAAUGGAUCGCGCGUGUCUUUGAGGCCGCCGUGCGUCGCGAGGAGAAAAAGAGGAGGGUCUUCCAGCGAGGCUUUUUAUUUAUUUCUUUGUUUCCAGUCGGGUGUAAAAAAAAUAAUAAUAAUAACAGCGAUAGCUAGCUAGCUAACCCUAGCUAGCUAUAUUAUUGCUGGGGGACUUCAAUGUUGUUCCGCUGGACCGAAACGAAAAACUGGACCAUAUUACGCUAGGUAUUAAAACGCCUAAGCGAAGGAAAGGAGGAUGAAGCGGCGCAAUGCGGACUGCAGCAAACUCCGGCGGCCGUUAAAACGGAACCGUAUCACCGAGGGCAUAUACGGCAGCACCUUCCUGUACCUGAAGUUCCUGGUGGUUUGGGCGCUGGUGCUGUUGGCCGACUUUGUGCUGGAGUUCCGGUUUGAGUACCUCUGGCCCUUCUGGCUCUUCAUCCGGAGCGUGUAUGACUCCUUCAGAUAUCAGGGCCUGGCUUUCUCAGUGUUCUUUGUGUGUGUGGCGUUUACAUCCGACAUCAUAUGCCUGCUCUUCAUCCCCGUGCAGUGGCUGUUCUUCGCCGCCAGCACGUACGUGUGGGUGCAGUAUGUCUGGCACACAGAAAGAGGAGUCUGCCUCCCUACCGUGUCCCUGUGGAUCCUCUUCGUUUAUAUCGAGGCGGCGAUACGAUUCAAAGAUCUGAAGGACUUCCACGUGGAUUUGUGUCGUCCCUUCGCAGCACACUGUAUCGGAUACCCGGUGGUGACGCUGGGCUUCGGCUUUAAGAGCUACGUGAGCUACAAGAUGCGUCUACGCAAACAGAAGGAGGUGCAGAAGGAGAACGAGUUCUACAUGCAGCUCCUCCAGCAGGCCCUGCCACCAGAACAGCAAAUGCUACAGAAACAAGAGAGAGAGGCAGAGGAGGCAGCUAAAAGUGCGCACGACGGCGACUCGCCCCCCGCAGCUCAGAACGGCUCCGCCGGAGGCAAGAAGCCCUCGUCGAAUACUUUACCGGAGCUGGAGUACCGCGAGAAAGAGCGAGGCAAGGGCGAGUCUAAGAAACAACAUAACCAGAACCAUCACAGCAGCAUCCUGCCUGUAGUGGACUAUAAUAAAGCACAGGAGCUGGAGUACAUGGAGAAUAAUGUGAACAGCAAGAGACUGAGCAGCUCCGAGCUGCUGGGCAGCACCGAGAACCUGCUUCUGAAGGAGGACACCUCUUCGUCGUCGUGCUCGUCCUCUUCCUCCAAUUCCACCUCUUCGAAAAAUCACAAAAACGCCAGCGUAGGUGGCGGAGUCGGGGGGAACUCGUCGCCCCGCGGCCACGGGACGGCCAACGGCAGCGUGCCCUCCUCGACAGGACCUUCCUCCUCAUCGGGGAAGGGUGAGAAGAAACAGAAGUGCGGAGGGAAAGGGGCGCACAAAGAUCCGACAGAUAACUGCAUCCCCAAUAACCAGCUCGGCAAGCCCGAGGCGCUGGUCAGACUGGAGCAGGACGUGAAGAAGCUGAAGGCUGAGCUGCAGGCGAGCAGGCAGACGGAGCAGGACCUGCGCAGCCAGCUGGGCUCUCUGGGCACAUCAGAACGCAGCGUCCGCUCCGAACUCAGCCAGCUCCGCCAGGACAACGAGCUCCUGCAGAACAAGCUCCACAAUGCUGUGCAGGCUAAACAAAAGGAUAAGCAGACGCUGGGGCAGCUGGAGAAGCGUCUGAAAGCAGAGCAGGAAGCACGAGCGGCUGCAGAGAGGCAGCUGGCAGAGGAGAAGAAACGGAAGAAGCUGGAGGAAGCCACUGCUGCCAGAGCUGUAGCCCUCGCAGCCGCAUCCAGAGGUGAGUGCACAGAGUCUCUAAGACGGAGGAUCUCCGAGUUGGAGACGGAGUGUAAGAAACUCACGCUGGACAUCAAAGUCAAAGAGGACUUGAUUCGUGAGCUUGAGCUCAAAGUCCAGGAGCUGCAUAAAUAUAAAGAGAAUGAGAAGGACACAGAGGUGUUGAUGUCUGCGCUGUCAGCCAUGCAGGAUAAGACCCAGCAUUUGGAGAACAGCUUGAGUGCAGAGACCAGAAUCAAACUGGACCUCUUCUCUGCCCUCGGAGACGCCAAACGCCAGCUGGAAAUCGCACAAGGUCAGAUCCUGCAGAAAGAUCAGGAGAUCAAAGAUCUGAAACAGAAGAUUGCCGAGGUGAUGGCGGUCAUGCCCAGCAUCGCUUACUCAACAGAUACCAGCAACAUGAACCCAGUCACCCCCCACUACUCCUCCAAGUUCAUGGACACCAGUCCGUCUGGCCUGGACCCCAACGCAUCCGUCUACCAGCCCCUGAAAAAAUGAAUGCCUGCGCCAGCUCACCAUACCAUCCAUCCAUCCAUCUCUCUCUCUCUCUCUCUCUCUCUCAUUUUCUUUCUCUUCACAGACCCAGACCUGAACCCUCUUCAAAAAUGUUUGGGGACGACGACUUCUUUUUUUUGGUUGUUGUUUUUUCUUCUACUGCUAUUUCUCGCCUGGUCAGAAGGAUGUCGUAUUGUGUGACUGUAUUUGUUGUAGUAAAAAAAACAAAACAAAAAAACAAGAACAAAAAAAAUAACUUUUAAGGGACAUCACCCACCGAGUAGGAAUCUGCUGUUGUUGGAAUUUAUUUUUUUUUCUUGUAAAUGUCUAGAAACCUCACAGACGUUGGCGUGCAUUUAUUUUUAUUUUUUUUUGUCUUUAGUGCAAAAAAAAAAAAAAAAAAAAGGCUCACACUUUUCUUUUCCUGUACAUUAUUAUUAUUGGCCUUAUUUUUUUAAUUUUUUGUGGAAAGGAGGGGACAAAGUCUCAGAUUUACACCAUUAGGAUUUUUUUUUUUUUUUUU